AUGGCUCCAACGUCGGUCCUGUCGCGGCGCAAUGAGAGUGGCACCGUCGGUGCGGGAAAAGGCGACUGGCGAGCAUUUGCCUCGGACGAGGACUUCAUUUUGGAGGGCUGGUCUCAAGGAUUUUUGGUCGGCGCGCUCGUCAUCAUGGCAUGCAUAACCAUUGCGAAUAUGAGGAGGGGUGUUCUUCUGCACAAGUUGAUUUUGGUCGAGCAACUUGCAGCACUCUCACAUGGAACAUUCUGCUUCAUGGGAUUCAAAGGAUACGGUUGGUAUCUGUCCUCGACCGCAACUCUCUUGUACAUCUCCUGGAUCGUCCACAAUAUUGUCGCCUGGAUGAAAAUCAGACCUUUCUUCAUGGAUUCCAGGAGCAUGUUCAAGCCCCAGACCGGCAAAUGGGUGCGGAGGGUAUACCUGGGCACCUUGGCCCUCACGGUGCCUUUCAUCUGUUGGCAGAUCUCCAACAACUUUCGCUUCUUCAACAACAUCAACGACUUUUAUGUCCGAGUCCGUCCCUACGAGCCCCUCAUGAGGGACCCGUGGUGGGUUUUUACCUGUCUGACCCUGUUUUAUGUGAUCAAUUCCGUGUACGGGACCGGCGCCUUCGAGCUCAUCAAGCGAUCUCCUCGCUUUGGAAUUCUACUGUGUGCCAUCUGUCUCGCCCUCAUCUUCACGGCGGUCGACAUUGCUGCCAGCAUUCACAAUUUCACCGGCAGUACUGACGGCAUCAACCCGUGGUGGAAACUGAGUCUAGUAUUCAAGUGCCUCACCGAUACAAUCAUGCUCGACGACUUCAAGACCGAACUGAAGCGUCUGGGCAUCCGGCGCAUGCGCAAGGAAGAAUUGAGAAGGCACAGCUUUGCCCUUGUUGGCGAUCCCAACGACUACAAGGAAGGAGAUGAUCAAAUGGAAUUCUCCGACGCCUUACAUACGAAUCCCCUCCAGUUCCAGACAACGCAAAACUUGGAUGACAGUCCAAGAAGCAGCCCCAUGGGACGCUUGCGACAAGAUUCGAUCACCAAUUCACAAAUGAACGAGAAGGAAGUCAUUGGGAAAUCGGGCAAAAAGAUCUCCAAGCUCCCGAGCUUAAAGGGCUUCUCGCUUGCUUCUGGGCCUCGCAAGAAGGUUCGAAUCCACGAUCCUGAGGAGGAAGGGCAUGGAGGAGAUUCACCACGUGCGCCCGCGCCAGCUUCUGACCGUCUGGCGGACAUGCGAAGAAGCCUGGGCGUGGUCGACUUUCAUGGGCGAUGA